AUAAUCAAAGUUCAAAUGUAGUUGUCAAAAUUUUAAAAAGUAAUAUUUGAUCAACCAAAAAUAUAUUACAUUAAACUGUGUAUUUGAUUUAAUUAUUAAUGUUAUAACUAUUUAUUUUAGGUAUUCAUUCAAAUCUUAGAAUAUUUUUGAAUACUUAUUCGGAAUUACAUUUACAUUUACUAUUAUAUAGUGUUUUGGCUUUUUGAAUGUUUGGGUCUCUGUUCAGAUUCAGUUUUUGUUCGAUUAAAACUCAAAAACUCGAUAUACUGUAAAGAUCCAUUCGGGUAUUUAUAUCGGAUUCAAUUCUGUUCAGAUUCUUAUUUCGAGUCGGUUCGGAUUUUUGGGUUUGGAUUAUUUGCCACCCCAAGCUUCAAGGUAAGGCUGAUAACGUCUCAAUCAAUCUUAAGCUGAUUCUCAUACCACCCUACAACCACCGUCCAAAUUCUUCGUUUGCCACAAUCACAGAGCUUUCAUGCUUGGAAUUUGGAAACCGAGUGCCUUUGCAUCUUCCUCCUCAUUUCUUAUGCAGAAAAGCAUCCAAGAUGGCUAACAAUCGGAUAAACUGAGCGCAUGUCCUGCUCCACUUGAGUUCUAUUACUUUUGUUUUAUAGAAGUACAAAGGACAAAGGACAAAGGACAAAAAUUCAUUUUAUUUUGUAUUCCUACAACUCUGAAUUGUGACAGCUUCUUCCCAGAGUUGAAUUAGAAUCCGAAUUUGAAGGUUUUUAUUCGCCGAUUUCGUUAAAGCCACAACUUAGGCAGACAAAAUUAAUGACGCCAAUCACGUUGAAUUGAUUUUCUGUUACUAUCAGACUAUCAUCCCUGACAGGAGGUCACGUACUUUAAAGUCUUGUCUCUUUAUUUUUUUUGGUCAACGGUCUUGUCUUAAUAUUCCACGAAAUCGAGUUAAACGAGGUCUUCCCUUGACUGGAAAAAUAAAAACACUGACUUUUCUACACUCUCCACACCAUAAAUUAAGCUAAAACUUUCUUAAGAAAAAAAAAAUACAAAGCCAUGUUCGUGAAGCUCCUCACCAUUGUCUUCUUCAGCCUACUCUCUCAGUUCCCAGAAUCCUCUUCCCAAACUCUUGACUUCACUUACAAUGGCUUCCUUCCUCCACUCACCGACAUAUCCCUCGAAGGGAUCGCCACCGUCACGCCCAACGGUCUCUUGAAGCUAACCAACUACACCAUGCAGAAGACGGGUCACGCCUUCUACAUCAAACCAAUCCGUUUCAAAGAUUCUCAAGACGGCACCGUUUCUUCCUUCUCCACAACUUUUGUCUUCGCUAUUCAUUCUGAGAUCCCGAGCCUUAGCGGCUACGGCAUGGCAUUCGUCGUGGCUCCUAACCCAAGGCUCCGUUACGCGACCGCAAGUCAGUACAUGGGUCUCUUCAACAUCACAAGCGACGGUAAUGUCACAAACCAUGUGUUCGCUAUAGAGUUCGACACGAUCCAGAGUCCAAAGUUCAAUGACACUGAAGAUAACCAUGUGGGCAUAGAUAUCAAUAGCUUGAUAUCUGUUGAGAGUUCGCCAGCUGGGUACUGGGACAUAAAAGGUCAGUUCAAGAAUCUGACUUUGAUUAGUCGCAAACGGAUGCAGGUUUGGGUUGAUUAUGAUGGUCACACCAAUCAGAUCGAUGUGACAAUGGCUCCGUUCGGAAAGGACAAACCGAAAAAACCGCUUGUUUCGGUCGUCAGAGAUCUUUCUUCGGUUCUUUUGCAAGAUAUGUUCGUAGGUUUCUCUUCUGCCACCGGUUCCAUUCUGUCCGAACAUUAUGUUCUCGGGUGGAGUUUCCGGGUGAAAGGGAAUGCUCCACCGUUGGAGUUAUCAAAACUUCCCAAACUUCCGAGGUGGGAGCGGAAAAGACUAUACAGCAUCUACAAGACUUGGAUGCCGUCGGUUUGCAUAUUUUUGAUUCCCUUCUUGUUUAUUUCCACGCUCAUCAUACUCGUGCGCUUCGUCGUGAAGAGGAGGAGAAAGUUUAAGGAGGAGCUCGAAGAUUGGGAAACAAGGCUUGGGAAGAACCGAAUGAAGUUCAAGGACUUGUAUUACGCGACCGGAGGGUUUGAUGAGAAGGACCUUCUCGGAUCCGGUGGGUUUGGAACUGUGUACAGAGGUGUCAUGCCAAGGACAAAGAAAGAGAUCGCUGUGAAAAGAGUCUCGAGCAAAUCCCAUCAAGGGUUGAAAGAGUUUGUGUCUGAGGUCGUGAGUAUUGGUAGGAUGAGUCAUCGGAACUUAGUCCCUCUCAUGGGUUAUUGCCGCAGGAGGGACGAGCUUCUUCUGGUGUACGAGUACAUGCCUAACGGAAGUUUAGAUAAGUAUUUGCACAAUAGUCCAGAGGUAACUCUCGACUGGAAACAGAGGUUUAAGGUCAUUAAAGGUGUGGCAUCCGCCUUAUUCUACCUUCACAAGGAAUGGGAACAAGUGGUGAUUCACCGUGACAUCAAAGCCAGCAACGUCUUGUUAGACUCGGAGUACAAUGGGAGACUCGGGGAUUUCGGUUUAGCUCGACUGUGCGGUCACGGGUCAGACCCUCAAACCACGCUAGUCGCUGGAACAUGGGGAUACCUAGCCCCUGAUCACGUCAGGACAGGACGGGCCACUACCGCUACCGAUAUUUUUGCGUUUGGGGUGCUCCUAUUAGAAGUAGCAUGCGGUAGACGUCCUAUCGAGAUUCAGAACGAGAAUGGUGAUCAGAGGGUCUUUAUCUUGGAUUGGGUUUUUGGAUUUUGGAAUGAGGGAAACAUCUUGGACGCCAAGGACCCGAAGCUAGGGACGGAAUAUGACAGAAUAGAGGUCGAAAUGGUUUUGAAGCUAGGUUUGCUGUGCUCUCACUCCAACCCACAUGCUAGACCAACUAUGAGAGGAGUGUUACAUUAUCUCAUGGGGGAUGCAAUAUUACCAGAUUUGUCGCCUUCGGACUUGCGUGGGAACGAGAUGAUGAGGUUGGAAAUCCACCACGGACUUAGCGAGACAGGCAUGUUUACAUGUGGGUCUUCGAUGGUUAAUUCUAUAGUCUCCGCUUCCAGUGGGAGGUGAAUUUUACAUUAAUUGUAGAAAACAUCCCCUAUCGCCACGAGAUGUGGGACCGUGUUGUACGUUGACUUUGAAAUAUAUGAAAUUUUUAUGUGUGAAA